UCAUGUAUAGGGGUAUUGAUCUCUGACUAACUUUACUAGAUUUUCUGUAAAUGAUCCCAUUAUUUGAGCUUAGACAGGUGUGCAAUUUUUUAAGGGAGUUUUAUAAGAGGAGUCACUCAUCUUUUUAGUUUUACAUGGGAAAAGCCAGUUUAUUUUGCAUGAUAUUUUAAAAUAGAAAACUAAUUCUUGCAAGUAAACUUGUUAGGGUAUUAAAUAUUAUUUUUAAGCAUUUACCCCUAGAUAAGAAUUCAACUCUGUAUGCACCAGACUGUAUGUGAUUAUUACAUGCUUUUAACUCUAGGACAGAAAAGUUAAGAACAGUAUGAGACAGAGCUCUUUGAUUCCCUACUCCUGGGCAGAGGGCUUAAUCUCUGCAACCAGGAGGACUGAUGUCCAAGAGAAAGCAGAUGACACGAGACUGAGAAAGAGCCUCACUUUGCCCCAUCUGAAGUCCAUAUGGCUCUUUAUGAUGAAGAUCUUCAGAAAAAUCCUUUCUAUCUGGCUCUCCAAAAGUGGCGUCCUGACUUGUGCAGCAAGGCGGCCCAGAUCCAUGGCGUGGUCUUAGUACCCUGCAAAGGAAGCCUGACAAGCAGUGUUCAGUCUACCUGUCAGUUUGAGUCCUAUGUUUUGAGACCAGUGGAAGAACACUUUCAGACCUUAAAUGGAAAGGAUGUCUUUAUACAAGGAAACAGGAUUAAAUUAGGAGCUGGUUUCACCUGUCUUCUCUCAGUGCCCAUUCUCUUUGAAGAAACUUUCUACAAUGAGAAGGAAGAAAGUUUCAGCCUACUGUGUAUAGCCCAUCCUUUGGAAAAGAGAGAGAGUUCAGAAGAGCCUUCAACACCCUCAGAUUCCUUUUUCCUGAAAACCAUUGAAGAUGUGAGAGAGUUUUUGGGAAGACACACAGAGAGAUUUGACAAGAACAUUGCCUCUUUCCAGCGAACAUUCAGGGAAUGUGAAAGGAAGAGCCUUCGUCAUCACAUAGACUCUGUGAAUGCUCUCUACACCAAAUGCCUCCAGCACCUUCUGAGGGACUCUCACCUGAAAAUGCUUGCCAGGCACGAGGCCCAGAUGAACCUGAUGAAGCAGGCAGUAGAGAUGUACGUCCAACACGAUAUUUAUGAUCUGAUCUUUAAAUAUGUGGGGACCAUGGAGGCAAGUGAGGAUGCUGCCUUUAACAAAAUCACAAGAAGCCUUCAGGAUCUUCAGCAGAAAGAUAUUGGUGUGAAACCUGAGUUCAGCUUCAACAUACCUCGUGCAAAGAGAGAACUAGCUCAGCUGAACAAAUGUACCUCCCCGCAACAGAAGCUGGCUUGUUUGCGCAAGGUGGUGCAGCUCAUCACACAGUCUCCUAGCCAGAGAGUUAACCUGGAGACUGUGUGUGCUGAUGAUCUGCUGUCAGUCCUGUUAUACUUGCUUGUGAAAACAGAGAUCCCUAAUUGGAUGGCAAAUUUGAGUUAUAUCAAAAACUUCAGAUUCAGCAGCUCGACAAAAGACGAAUUGGGAUACUGUCUGACCUCGGUUGAAGCUGCGAUUGAAUAUAUCCGGCAAGGAAGCCUCUCGGUUAAACCACCGGAGUCUGAGGGAUUUGGUGACAGGCUGUUCCUUAAGCAGAGAAUGAGCUUACUGUCUCAGAUGACUUCAACUACCAUUGACUGCCUCUUUAAGCACAUUGCUUCAGGUAACCAAAAGGAAGUGGAAAGACUUCUGAGCCAAGAAGACCAAGAUAAAGAUGCCAUCCAAAAGAUGUGCCAUCCUCUGUGCUUCUGCGAUGACUGCGAGAAACUUGUCUCUGGGAGGCUGAAUGAUCCCUCAGUUGUCACUCCAUUCUCCAGAGAUGACAGGGGUCACACCCCACUCCAUGUGGCUGCCCUUUGUGGACAGGCAUCCCUCAUUGACCUCCUGGUUUCCAGAGGCGCCGUGGUGAACGCCACGGACUACCAUGGGUCGACACCGCUCCAUCUUGCGUGUCAGAAGGGCUAUCAGAGCGUGACGCUGCUGCUGCUGCACUACAAGGCCAGCGCCGACGCGCAGGACAACAGCGGCAGCACCCCGCUCCACCUGGCCUGCACCCACGGCCACGAAGAUUGUGUGAAGGCUUUGGUCUACUAUGAUGUGCAGUCCUGCAGACUCGAUAUUGGUAACGAGAAAGGAGACACCCCCCUACACAUAGCUGCGCGCUGGGGUUACCAAGGCAUCAUAGAGACAUUGCUACAAAAUGGAGCAUCCACAGAGAUCCAGAACAGACUGAAAGAAACGCCCCUCCAGUGUGCAUUAAACUCAAAGAUUCUGUCUAUAAUGGAAGCCCACCAUCUGUCCUUUGAAAGGAGGCAACAGUCUUCAGAGGCUGCUUUGCUGCAGGUCCCUGUGCCACCCCCUCAGCAUUCCAUGGACUCCAUCAGCCAAGGGUCCUCCACCUCCAGCUUCUCCUCUGUGUCUGCCACCUCCAGACAAGAGGAGCCCAAGAAGGACUACCGAGAGGUAGAAAAACUUUUAAGAGCAGUUGCUGAUGGAGAUCUAGAAAUGGUGCGUUACCUUUUGGAGUGGACAGAAGAGGACCUAGAUGAUGUGGACGAUGCUGUCGGUGUUGUGGAUCUUGAAUUUUGCCACCCCUUGUGCCAGUGCCCCAAAUGUGCUCCAGCUCAAAAGAAGCUGGCAAAGAUUCCUGCCAAUGGGCUUAGUGUGAACAUGACCAGCCAGGACGGCUCCUCCCCACUGCACAUUGCUGCCCUGCACGGUCGGGCGGAACUCAUCCCCCUCCUUUUGAAGCACGGUGCCAGUGUGGGUGCCAGAAACAGAAACCAGGCUGUCCCACUCCACCUGGCCUGCCAGCAAGGCCACUUUCAGGUGGUGAAGUAUCUAUUAGAUUACAACGCAAAACCUGAUGAAAAGGAUGUAAGUGGAAACACUCCCCUCCUUUAUGCCUGUUCCAGUGGCCACCAUGAAGUCGCAGCACUGUUGCUACAGCAUGGGGCCUCCAUUAACAUCUCUAACAACAAGGGCAACACAGCGCUGCACGAGGCUGUGAUAGAAAAGCACGUCUUUGUUGUGGAGCUUCUGCUUCUUCAUGGGGCAUCAGUUCAGCUCUUGAACAAGAGGCAGUGCACAGCUAUAGAUUGUGCUGAGCAGAAUUCAAAAAUAAUGGAAUUACUUCAAGUAGUGCCAAGCUGUGUGGCCACAUUAGAUGAUGUUGGUGAAACAGACCACAAGGAAUACGUUACUGUUAAGAUCAGGAAAAAAUGGAACUCAAAAAUGUAUGAUCUACAAGAUGAACCUUUUACAAGACAGUUUUACUUUGUCCGCUCAGUUGGUCAGUUCAAGGGAAAGACUUCAAGGGAAAUUAUGGCAAGAGAUAAAAGUGUCCCUAAUUUUACUGAAGAUUCUUUGCAUGAGCCAGGGAGGCAAGAAGUCACACAGCAACAGAAGAACCUGUCAGACCUUAACAGAUCUCAGGCUGCUGACAGAGGAGACGGUGACGGGCCCGAGAGGCACGGACAGAAACAAACCGUUCCUGGAAACAGGCGGAUGCUUCGCAGACACACAGUCAGCGAUGCAGUUGUACUGAAGGGCCCAGAGACUGCCAGCAACCUCCCCAUUCCCCAAGAGGCUAGUAUUUCCCAGUCUUAACAAUAAUAAGGAAUUAAUUUGGCUGCCAAGAAAUGAGUCCUUAACAAGAAGGUGCUGAGCGCAAAUACAGCUUAGAACUAAAUGUACUUUCUGUUUGGCUUGAGAGAAAGAAGAAAGUUCCUGAAAGCUUUUCCGUGGCUGGAAGAAUACAACAAAGAAAAUGAUCACCAUCUCUUUCCUCUUCAGAGCUAAUGAAUAUGCUUGCAAAGGACUAGACAAAAAUUCCAGUGGUGUCCAGUUCCUUAAGACUGAGGUGUAUGAUUCUUUUUAAAAAUAUUUUAAAUUGAUUUGGAGGAACUUGGAUUUGUUGUUCCAUGUAUUUAUGCUUUCAUUCGUUGAUUCUUACAUGUGCCCUGACCAGGGAUCAAAUGCACCACCUUGGCAUAUCGGGAUGCUCUAACCAACUGAGCUACCCAGACAGGGCUGUUUCUUCUUAAGUAUUAGGGUUCCUUGGUUACAGUGAGAGGUUUCAUCACUAGAUUCUGAUCUCCUCCUGCUGAAAGGUGCUAAACCUUUGUGACAUAAAUUAAAGCUAAAACAAUUCCACCAUGUGGGAUGAGCUAAAGGGAAGCAGUUUAGGUUUUAUGGUACUCGGGAGGCCAGACAGAAAUGUCACAUUUGAAUGAAGAAAAUAGGACCUGGAAAAUGUUCCUUUGCAAAGCAACACUUGAACCCAAAGAUGCCUAAAUGCCAUUCUGAUGUUCAUUUUAGUGAGAAGGACAUAUAUGGCCUGUUUGACACUGUGUAUGUGGGGAAAGGUGGGUAUAAUUUUUCUAACAAAAAGUACGUACAGAUAUUCGAUCACUGCACAUGUGCACCUGUAGCAGUGUCUUUAGGAACACCCUUUCCAUUAAGAGCCUUCCCUUAAAUGUCACAUCUGAGGAUGGUGGUAACAGAAGGUAGAUUUGGCACAUCUUUUCUUAGUCUUUUAAUUCAGAUUCAAAACUUACAGCACAAACCAGGUCAAAGUAACUUUGAGUUAGAAUUUAAUGUCAUUUAUUCAUUUUUAUGAAUUUCUAUAAAUUAUACUUAUUUUUUUAUGUUAAUUGGUCUAGAUCCACAAACAUGGGUUUGUCCUGAGUACAUUUUCAAAUAACUUUGUAAUAGGGAAAUGGCUUAGAGCAUGUUCUUAGAAAUACUUGUGUAUGUAAAGAAGGGAGGGGCUGAUUAUUUUUCUACAAAGUAAUUUAUGAUUUCUAAUUUUCUAAUGUGCCUUGGGUAUGUGCCAAACGAUGGAAAAUAAACAGUAAACUUUAUGAUUCUUGAGUGU